AUGGCCUCCCUCACCAUCCCAACCUCUCCCCCGGCCACUUCCCCUACGCACCAGAAACCCAUUCUGCCGCGCUUCAACACCGGGUGCUGCGAGGAUUCUCACUCGCGCGCCUCGUCACCUUCAUCGUGUGAUACACCGGACGGAUCCCGCUCCACCAGCAGCCGCCGCCCAUCGUUCGGCUCUAUCAAAGAAGACGUCGACGGCAUUGCGCAAUCUUUUGUGGACACUCAACACGUGCCCUCUCCAUCGGCCAAAGAAUCCCGCAAGCUGGACAUCCCGGAGAUGCAGCAGGCCCCCGACUUCUGCUGCCCAUGUGGAGGCUUCCUGGGGUGGAAGCAAAUCCGUCUGGGGAGAACUCGUCCCGCCCAAGGCCCCUGCCGUCGUGGAACAGGCACGACCAACCCCGGGCACCUCGCCUCUCGAGAAGCUCCCCCGGAAGUUCUCGACCAAAUCAUUUCCAACCUGGCACUGGAUCUGCCGCCCAAUGGAUAUACCCCUCGCAAUGUCGACUUGGUCUCAUGCCUGUUGGCCUCGCACACGUUGCACGCGGCGACAUUGAGUGUGUUGUACAGGAAUAUGACCUUCCCGCAUUCCAUCAUCUUCUCCAAGGCCCUCAACCAUAUGUCCCAGUACCCGGCCCUGGGCACGUUGGUGCGCCGCCUGGACUUUUCUCACUUCACCUCCGUCGGCCUGGGUCGUACCAAGCAGAUGAACGCCGAGAUUCAGAACUUGACCUCGCGAACCUUGUUACAGUGUUUGGACCUCUUGCCCAACCUGAAGGAAUGUCUGCUGCAGGAACACCUGGAGGGCGAUCUGAGUGUGGAUGUGGUUCGGAAACUUUUCAUGGGCCUGCCAAACUUGCGCGCUGUGGACUUUUGCGGCUGUUCGACUCAGUCUUUCUCCCAGGUCUUCACCGAGGCUUUGACUGCAGGCCCGGCCCUUCCCAUGAGCCUGCCGAACAUGAAACGGCUGUCGCUACAUGAAUGCAGCACAAUUCCGGCUCCGAUCUUCGACUUGCUCCUCUCGCGGCUGACCAACCUGACCCACCUGGAUCUUACUCACACCCAGGUGAACGACUCAGCGCUUUUCGCCAUCCCCGAGACCGCCCGCAUCACCCACCUGAGCUUGUCCCGGUGCACCCGUCUUCGCAGCUCCGCCCUGGUGGAGUUUUUGACCACCCACCCGGCUGUGCGCGACUCGCUGGUGUAUCUGAACCUCUUGACUGAUCCGACCCGAUUCCGCCUUUUGGAGGAAGAUGAUGUGACCGCCCUGCUACCCAAGCUGCCAAGCACCCUUCGUUCUCUGAACCUCGGCGGUGCCAAGAUUACUUCCGACCACGUUCCCCUGUUAGUCCCUCUGACCAAGCAUUUGGAGGAACUCGGCCUUAGCUCUGCCGAUUUAUCUGUUAAAGACGUGAACUCGUUCUUCACUCCAUCCCGCGAGGCUGCGGCCGACGGGAAUGCGGCUCCCAGCACCCUGUGCUACCUCGAUCUGGCCAAGGUGCCACAGAUGACCAUCGGCGCCAUCUUUAACACCAGCUCGUGCCUUGUGCUGUCGGAGCAGAGCUACCCGCUGCAGGUCAUUGAGUUCAGCGACAAGAUUAUCACGCCCCUGCGGGAGCGUAGCAAGACUCAACGCGUCUCGGUGGGUUGGACUGUGCGGGAUCUUGGUCGCCGCGGCUGGUACGUUCGCGAUCCGGCCUACAUGCCUAACGAGCCCAUUGACGACGGUUCGCGUUCUUGGAAGAUGGGCGCACGUUGGUGGGGCAUGCGUAAGAUCCCCAUGGCGGUGGGCGAUGUCGGCGGCAUCUACGGCCACUACAUGUUCAAGAAAUGA